GUUUACCCAUCGAUGUAUUAUGGCGACGACCCUACUCUUAUCAUUAGCGUCGCUGCCAUCGGAGAGAGGAACAGACCAGCCAAUAGCAUUCUCGCGCACACCAUGGCUCGUCAUCCAAUCGAGACAAUGAUCCGCCUGGAUAUCGGUGGCCUCCCUAGGAAUCCUCGUCCCGUCAACAAGAAGGAGCUCGAGCGGCGUAUCCAGCGCAUUAUCAACCAUUCCGAGGUGGUCACCUGGACCCGCGACGGCGACGGACUUGUCACUACGAGUGAAAAACUCGCCAAUCCGGACGGCGAGCUCCGUCUGCAUCUUGAUUACCGCAACCCGAGCAUCGAGGUUGCUAUCAAAUACAGCGAGAUCUUGCACGCAAUCCAAAUGAGCGAGGUGGCUCGGGUUGGCAUCGCCAGGCCCCCCUCCCCUCCCCUGCAGUCCUCCAUCCUGCAGUCCUCCAUGGUCCCCCUCUUCUUCCGGUUCUCAGGCCACUACCGCUUGCCCGCCUCUCCCAACACAAGUGCCGCGGUGUUUCGCCACCUUCCGAACACGGUGAACCGGGCCCGGAUCGCGGUUGCUCCUUGGAGUCAGCUGUUGCUACGGCUCCUUCGCAAGCGAUAAGUGUUGUCAAGGUGUUGGAGGACGAGGGGAACGAUGAAUGUGCUGCUUGGGGGAUUCCCUGGUGUGGGCACCGACUGUGCUUGUUUGUCGGUACCUGAGAAGAGGAAAUGGGGUAACAUUGUG